AUGCACCUGAUGCAACUUGAUACAGAAAUAAGGUUGCCGGAGCAGAUCAAGCAUGUGUCCUUAGAGAGCAGGAAGGAGUCGAUCAGGUGUGGCAUGGGAAAGGCUGUUAGAGGGCUAGAUGGCAUUCACAGUGUGAGGGCCCAGUGCACUCUCCAGGUCACCAUCAUCACGGAUGAGAUGCUUUCUAACAGCAUCACCCUGCGACUAGCCAACAUGUCCCAGGAACGCUUCUUAUCUCCACUGCUGGGCCUUUUCUUGGAUGGUGUAGCUAUGGUGCUGUCAGCUGCUAAAGAAGACAUUGUCAUCUUCAACAUCCAGAAUGACACUGAUGUCCGUGCUAACAUACUGAAUGUGAGCUUGUCAGUGUUGCUGCCACGUCAGAGCAGUGCUGAGCUGACUGGAAAGUUCUUCAGCUCAGAAGACCUGCAGGAACGCCUUUACCUAAACCGUAGCCUGUUGACACUCAUUUCCACACAGCGUGUGUUGCCUUUUGAUGAUAACAUCUGCUUGCGUGAGCCCUGUGAGAACUACAUGAAGUGCGUGUCUGUUCUCAAGUUUGACAGCUUGGCUCCCUUCAUUACUUCUGACACCAUCCUCUUUCGUCCUAUUCAUCCCAUCAAUGGCUUACGCUGUCGAUGUCCCACUGGCUUCACAGGGGAUUACUGUGAGACUGAAAUAGACCUUUGCUACUCCAACCCAUGUAGAAACAAUGGCGUGUGUCGCAGUCGUGAGGGGGGCUUCACCUGCGAGUGUCCUGAGGAAUUCACCGGGGAGCAGUGUGAAGUGAACUCUCGCUCAGGGCGCUGUACGAUGGGAGUGUGCAAGAAUGGUGGAACGUGUGUUAACCUGCUGGUGGGGGGCUUCAAAUGUGAUUGCCCUCCUGGGGAGUAUGAGAAACCUUAUUGUGAGAUGACCACACGCAGCUUUCCAGCUCAGUCCUUCAUCACCUUCAAAGGUCUACGUCAGCGGUUCCAUUUCUCCAUCUCUCUCACAUUUGCAACAAAAGAGCGAAGUGGCCUGCUGCUGUACAAUGGACGCUUCAAUGAAAAGCAUGACUUCAUUGCUUUGGAAAUAAUCAAUGAGCAGGUCCAGUUAACCUUCUCAGCAGGAGAAUCAACAACAACUGUGUCUCCAUUCAUACCUGGAGGCGUCAGUGAUGGCCAGUGGCAUGUUGUUCAACUGCAAUACUAUAACAAGCCAAUCAUUGGGAAGUCUGGCAUCCCCCAAGGUCCCUCUGAUCAGAAGGUUGCUGUGGUGACAGUGGAUGACUGUGACACAUCUGUGGCACUCCGAUUUGGCCACAUCCUUGGGAAUUACACCUGUUCUGCCCAGGGGAUGCAGUCUGGAUCAAAGAAGUCCCUAGACCUCACAGGUCCACUUCUCCUUGGUGGUGUCCCCAACUUGCCAGAGGACUUUCCAAUUCAGACCCAUGAGUUUGUCGGCUGCAUGAAGAAUCUCUAUAUUGACAACAAACAGAUUGACUUGGCUGAUUUCAUUGCAAACAACGGCACACUGCCAGGAUGCUCAGCAAAACGUCACUUUUGCAGCACUAACACAUGUAAAAAUGGAGUACCUUGUGUCAACAAGUGGGACACUUUCAGCUGUGAGUGCCCACUGGGAUAUGGAGGAAAGAACUGCGAACAGGUGAUGGCUAGCCCACAGCACUUUCAGGGCAACAGCCUGGUGACCUGGUCCAAUCUUGCGUCAACCAUCACUUUGCCUUGGUACAUUGGAAUUAUGUUCCGCACCCGCCAGGCCAAUGGGAUUCUCCUUAGGGCCGUUGCUGAGCAACAGUCUACCAUCAGUCUGCAGCUAAGCGAGGGGAACAUCUUUUUAGCCCUGUAUAUUGGAAGUAGAAGUGUCUCCUCUCUAAGGCUGGACCAGGUGAAGGUCAACGAUGGAGAUUGGCAUUAUCUGCAAGUUGAACUGAAAAGCACACAAGAGGAUUCAGACUCAAAAUACCAAGCCAUCAUUUACUUUGACUAUGGGCAGCACCAGGCAAAUACUGAGAUUGAUGCUGAGUUUCCAGGGCUAAAACUGAACAGUCUGAGCGUGGGUGGUAUGGCUGGAGAUAACGGCAGUGUUCUCCACGGCUUCAGAGGAUGCAUGCAGGGUGUGCGCAUCGGUGAGACAUCAGCCACUGCAGUGGCACUAAACCUGAAUCAGGCAGAGAAAGUGAACGUGGAGCGUGGCUGCAGCCUUCCAGACCCUUGUGACUCCAACCCCUGUCCAGCUAAUAGCUACUGCAAUGAUGACUGGGACAGCUAUUCCUGCAGCUGCGAUCCAGGCUACUAUGGGGAGAGUUGCAUGGACGUGUGUGAUGUAAAUCCCUGUGAGCACCACUCAUCCUGUACACGCAAGCCAAGCUCCUCACAUGGGUACAUUUGUGAGUGCUCUGGAAACUUCUUAGGGCAGUACUGUGAGAAUAAGAUUGAUCAGCCUUGUCCAAAGGGAUGGUGGGGUCAUCCAAUGUGUGGACCAUGCAGCUGUCAAAUUGAGAAAGGUUUCGAUCCUGAUUGCAAUAAGACAAGUGGACAUUGCCGGUGCAAGGAGAACCACUACCAGCCUCUGGGAAACGACACCUGCUAUCCUUGUGACUGCUAUCCUACAGGCUCCUUCUCUCGCACCUGUGACUUGGAAAGUGGGCAAUGUCAGUGCAAGCCAGGGGUCAUAGGGCGCAAGUGUGAUCAGUGUGACAACCCAUUUGCAGAAGUAUCCAUGAAUGGAUGUGAAGUGAUCUAUGACAGCUGUCCUCGAGCUAUGGAGGCAGAGAUUUGGUGGCCCCGGACCAAAUUUGGACUCCCUGCUGCAGUUCCCUGCCCAAAAGGAUCAAUAGGUACAGCAAUCAGGCACUGUGAUGAGCACAAGGGCUGGCUGCCACCGAAUCUUUUCAACUGCACUUCUGUCACUUUCUUGGAACUGAAGCGUUUUUCUGACAAGCUGUCACGCAAUGAGUCAUUCCUGGAUGCUGUAAAGUCCCGGCAAAUGGCAAUGAUGUUGCAGAAUGCCAGCCAGAACACAGCUGUAUAUUUUGGCAGUGAUGUAAAAGUUGCAUAUCGACUCAUCGACAGAAUCCUCAAGUAUGAAAAUCUCCAGGAAGGCUUUGGUCUGGCUGCCACCCAAGAUGUUCAUUUCAAUGAGAAUCUGUUCAGAGUUGGCAGUUCUCUCCUGAACCCAAAGAACAAAGCUCACUGGGAUUUGAUCCAAAACACUGAAGGUGGUACAGCACAACUCCUACGGCAUUAUGAAGACUAUGCCAAUAUACUGGCUCAAAACAUGAAGAAAACUUAUCUCAGCCCCUUUACCAUUGUCACCCCAAAUAUCGUGAUCUCAGUGGACCGCUUAGACAAGAUGAACUUUGGAGGUGCCAAAUUGCCCAGAUAUGAAGCUUUGAGAGGGGCCAAGCCUAUAGAUGUGGAUACAUCUGUGACACUGCCAGACUCUGUCUUCAAACCUGCAGAGACUAAAACAUCCAGAAUCACAGAAGCCCAUAUCAAGGAAGAUAACAGAACAAUGAAUAGGAAAAGAAGGCACCCUGACCUUUCUGGGCAAGAGGCCAUAGCUAGUGUCAUCAUUUACCAGACUUUAGCCACACUUCUACCUGAACAGUAUGAUACGGACAAGAGGAGUCUGAGGGUCCCAAAAAGGCCAGUGAUCAACACGCCAGUGGUCAGUAUAUCCAUCCACGACAAUGAGGAGCGCUUGCAACAUAUACUGGAUAAACCGAUUACUGUGCAGUUUCGGCUUUUUGAGACAGAGGAACGUUCAAAGCCCAUCUGUGUUUUCUGGAACCAUUCCAUUCCAAUUGGAGGCACAGGUGGGUGGUCAGCUAAAGGUUGCGAGGUGGUCUUUCGCAAUCAGAGCCACAUUAGCUGCCAGUGUAAUCACAUGACAAGCUUCGCAGUGCUCAUGGAUGUGUCCCAUCGAGAGAAUGGAGAGAUCCUGCCCCUCAAAAUGAUCACUUAUGCCACUGUGGCAGUAACCCUAGGUAGCCUCUUUCUGACCUUUGCCAUCCUUGUCCUGCUGCGCUCCUUGAACUCCAAUCAGUCGAGCAUCAGUAAGAACAUGGUGGCAGCACUUUUCUUCUCUGAGCUCAUCUUUCUGCUGGGCAUCAACCAAGCAGACAACCCGUUUGUAUGCACAGUGAUUGCAAUUCUGCUCCAUUUCUUCUACAUGUGCACCUUUGCCUGGAUGUUUCUGGACGGUCUGCACAUGUACCGUAUGCUGACGGAAGUGCGAGACAUCAACUAUGGUCCCAUGAGGUUCUACUAUAUGAUUGGCUGGGGAGUCCCAGCCUUCAUUACAGGGUUGGCUGUGGGUUUGGAUCCAGAAGGCUAUGGCAACCCUGAUUUCUGCUGGCUUUCUAUGUAUGACACAAUUAUUUGGAGUUUUGCGGGGCCAAUCGCAUUGGCUGUUUCGAUGAAUGUGUUUGUUUCCAUCCUUGCUGCUCGGGCAUCCUGCUCACACAAGCACCAUGGCUUUGAAAAGAAAGGCAGUUCUGUUAAUGGACUGAGAACGGCAUUUUUGAUUCUUUUGCUGGUCACUGUCACUUGGCUGCUGGCUCUUUUGGCCGUCAACAAUGACACUCUCAUCUUCCACUACCUCCUUGCUGGGUUCAGCAGUGCACAGGGUCCAUGUAUUUUUUUCUUCCGAAUUAUUUUCAACAAGGAGGUGCGAAAAGCUUUCAAGUAUGCCUGCAACAGGAAAAACGCUAGUGAUAUCCAUGGCACAAAAUCAACAGCAUCAUCCUACAACUGUAAUAGUACUUAUGUGGAUGGCCGGCUUUAUCGCCCUCCUUAUGGUGACUCCUCAGGCUCACUGAACAGCACUGUGCGCUCUGGAAAGAGCCACCACAGUUAUAUUCCUUUUGUGGUGCGGGAGGAUUCUGGUCUCAACAACAGCCAAGCCCACAUUGGUCUAAAUGACCACAGUGCCGCUUACUUCCAUGAGGACAAGGAACAUCCAGAUGACCAUGACUCUGAUUCUGACAGCGACUUGUCCCUGGAGGAUGACCAGAGUGGCUCAUAUGCCUCAACCCAUUCUUCAGACAGUGAAGAGGAGGAUCACUUCCCUGCAGACCAGUGUUGGGAGAGUUUGGCAUCACAAAACAAUGAGAGAAUUCCUGCUUUCAGCACACCCAAACUGGAUAAUCUCUCAGGGCAUGUAAAACCCUAUUGGCCUGGAGAAUUUGUGACAACAGCCAGUGAGAGUGAAGGACAUGGUGGGUCAGAGAAGCUAAAGGUGGAGACGGUACCAAACUCGGACAUCUCCAGGGAAAAGUUGAAUUCCAUAGAAGACCAUGUCAGGGAAAAUGGUGAUGGCAUCUACAAGGAUAAUACACUAGUCAGCCUGCCCAACCCAAACGCCCAGCCACAGAAAGGCAUCCUUAAAAAGAAAAGCUUACCCACAAUUACUGAAAAAAACAGUAUCAAUCGUAUUCACAAUGAGCUUUCUAAUCACAAGAUAGGAACAGUCUCCUCCCGGGCGUCCUCUUCGAGUGAUGGGAGCAGAGUCCAGAGGACCAAACAGAGUCUCCAGGAGCAGCUCAAUGGGGUGACACCCAUUGCUAUGAGCAUCAAGGCAGGAACAGUGGACGAGGACUCAUCUGGGUCCGACAGCAGCGAUGAGACCUCAAUCUAAGCCUGCGGUCCCUCACCUUGGAAAGACCGUAAGGCUGAAGGGGUGGACCUCGGGAUGUCCACCACUCACGCAAGCUGCCGCUGGCAUGCCAUGUUGACACUGUGCACACACUCAGGCCGGGACACCGAGAAGCUCGAAGAGGUGCAGACGUUCUGAUGAUCGCACUUCAGGAAAAAUUGCAGGCGUUUUCUGUCUGUUUUUGAUCUGUGCCAAAAGAUGCCCAGCUUGAGCUCUGGAGUGGACCCUCACCAUGCCCAAUAGUGGCAUCCUACACAGAUGCAUACAUACUUGAAUGAACGCACUUUCGUUUCGGUCAACAGGACAGACCUAACACUGCUGGAACCUUAUAUAAAUAAGGUGUGGACUCUAACCACUUGUUUAAUUGAUCCAAGAAUUUCAAUCUUCAGGGAUUUUCUAGAACUGGCGCUAACAUGCGUGCUUUGGGGCCUGUGUGGCACUGAGACAAACCUCAUGACACUGAGAAUUCAGCACCCCUCCAGCAUUUACUUGUAAUUGAUGUGAACCUCACAUGGGCUGUGCAUGUUAACUUAGGUGUAUCUUUAUAGAAGGUCAUGUUAAGUACAAUAAAACACAGCUUUGGACAGUAGGAAAAUAAGUGGAGUGAAGGGAACCUCCCAACAGUUAGGAUCAAAACCACAAGGAUGGAAGAGAAGUGAAAGUAGGAUGGAGGGGAACCACUAAUAGUGAAAAAGUUAAACAUGGAAACAGAAGGGAGGCGAUAGAGGUCUGAUGGGUAGCCUCCCUCGGAAUUGAAAUAUCGGGGACAUGUAAGGCAUGUGUAACAGAAACACAGCCCCCCUUUGGUGUGAAAGAGGACAUGUGGGAGUCUACUUGGACAUGUGGUUAAAUCAGGGCGGGGGAGAGAGAGAGAAAUGGGCUGAGGCCAAACCUACCUGAAAUUUAAAAUGCUAGGGAACAUCCCAUGAAUUGGAAAUAGCGAUGAUGCAGAAGGUAGGUACAAGAGGGUGGGGAGGAGACUUGACGUGUAAAUUCUAAUGGGACAAACAGAAAAGUUAACGUUACUUGAAAGAACUCUUACCAGUUGUGAGAAUACAAAAGCAACAGGAUCGUUGGAAAGGAAAACCAAUUUGAGGCCGUCCACUCUUGGCUAGAAAAGGAAAACUGGUCAUGGACGCAUAUGAGAGAAAGUAUUUGGCCUUGUUAUUUUUGAAACUUGCCCUCCUCACAUGGCUUUCUUCACAUGCCCAGACCUAUUCUGUGGGAAGUGUCUGAGGUUCUCCUCGCAUGCCAGACAGAUGCCUAUGCCAUGUUCCACUCGGCUUGCAACUCCAGGGUUGGGAUAUGCAUAACUGAUCCACGUUGGCCUUAUGUGGAAAAUUGCCUUCAGCCAAUCAGCCUUCAUUUUGUACUUUUUGUGAUGAUUUUCUUCUUCAGUGAUGCCUGUUCAGAGGGAGUAAUAUUUUUACCUUUUAUUUGAAACUUUUUUAUAAGGAAUCAACUUUUGCGUUCAUGUUUCGCCUGAAGGAUCUUUUAUUUAAAUGCUAAUUGGACCUAAUUGCUUGUUCAAUAAUGAUGGAAUUGUUAAUAUUGUAUAAAGGUUGACUUUCUUGUGUAAAAAAAAAAAAAUGUGGCACGAUUGGUGUGGUGGGAAAAAGAAAAACUUUCAGAACUUGGAAAAGAGGGCAAGAGUUGAGCAUUUAAGAAGUCUUCUGCUUCCAUUCAGCAGAUAGGGAUUUGAUUAAAUGAAAAAGUAAGUACAGCCCAUUGAAACGGUUAUCUUUUUCAAUAUAUUGCAACAGGCAAACAGUAGUCUUCAUUCAAACUGUGCCUGCAGAUUAAGAUGAUAUACUUCAAUAAUCACACAAGGAAAGUUUGCCUUCCCAAUAAUUUACUCAACAAAAAAAAAAAUCUAUAUAUGUAAUGGUCUACUAGGGGGAAAAAGGAAGUUCAUCCUUGGCUCCAAAAGAUGGCGUCACCCUCUUUAGCAGAAAUGACGUUUCUUAGGCAUUUUGCAUAACUAGUCACUCACAUCAGCUCACUGAAAUUUUUGACCAGUCUUCCAUUCCAAGUUCCUUCGCUUGCAAUAUGGCUGUGGGUUUACUUGCAUGGUAUGCUUGUUUCAGAUCCCCCUCCAUUUCAAGUGGAAUUCAAAUCAAGACUUUGACGAAGCCAGUCUCCAUAACCUAGCAUUACCUCAUUUUGAGCCAUUCAUUAUUGUGUUGAAAGAUCAAUUUCUGGUUCAGCUUCAGUGUUUGGACAGAUGGCCUUACGUUCUCGUCAAGCACACUUUGAUAUGAUGCAGAAUUUUUAGUGAACUCAAUGACUGCAAGUUGCCCAGGCCAUGAGACAAUAAAGCAUCCCCAAACCAGAACCUUUACACCUCCGUGCUUCACAGAUGCUAUGAAGGUUCUUCUCUUGAAAUGCUGCCGUUGGUGUGCACCAGACAUGUCUACUGUUACUGUCCAGAGCACAGUGUUCCAUAUGGCCUGGUCUUUGCUUAGAUGUUCAAUGGCAAAUUGAAGUCUUGUUCUAGUGUUCUUUCUGAUACAGCAAAGGCUUUUUCUUGGCACGCUUCACAUGCAGGUCCAGUUUCUCUCUUUUUGAUUGUAGGUGCUGCCACUUUGACACCAGCUGUUGCAAGAGUUCUCCGCAGAUCCAAUAGUGAAAUUUUGGGGGUUCUUGGAGACCUCUUUUUCUUAUCAAAUGGUUAGCUCUUGGGCUGAAUUUGCUGGGACAUCCAGUCCUGGAUGAAUUGGCAGUCAUUGGAAAGCUACACCUCUUGUAGAUGAUUUUCCUCACGGUGGAAUGAUUCAUUUCAAAUAAUCUGGCGAUCUUUUUAAAUUCUUCAACAGACUCGUAGGCCUCCACAACCUUCUCUCUGAGGGCCUUAGGGAGCUCUUUUGAUUUUUGCAUGAUGACACCAUGACUCCUCAUUUUCAAGGAGAACACCAGACCCUCGAUAUCCGUGGUUUAAAUCGGACAGGGUCCACCUGCACACUCUUAAGGAGGCUCUAAUCAUUGGCACCUCAUCUGGAUUCUAUUUGAAGGAUCUGAAGUGGUGAUAGAUGUUGGGGUGCACUUACUUUUUCCAUGUGACAAAUCUGCAUUUUAGAUUGAGAAUGAAUACACCAUGUCAAUUUUCUGUGUCGUUUGUUCAAGUAUAUCACUUUUAUCUGUAGGCCCCAAUUUGCGUGAAGAUCAGAUCUUUGCCUGUUCAAAUAUGUUGCAGACGUCCCCAGUUUCCAUGGGAGGCUGGUUGUAUGUGUCUGUCCACACUGGGAUGGCAACAGUGUAGUCCUGAAAGUUUGUUUUUUUUUCUUCCUCCACUCAAGAUGUUAUCACUAUAAGAUGCUGGACUUUAAAUUUAGUUACUAACUUUUAAUUUUGUACAGACCGAAUCCUGUUGUAUAUAUUUUAGGUUUUUGAACAGAAAGAGAAAUGUGUAGUUUAUCCAGGUAACCAGACCUGACCCUAUCAGAGUUGGCAGAUUAUUUUGCCAGAAUUUUUACCUUUGCUUUCUGAUUUUUCUUUUGGGGAUUCACGAACAAAGAAUUAAAUGGAAUGAACGGAAAUUGCCAAAGCUGAAUGGGUGGGUUUCUAUGCUAAUUUUCAUUUUAGGAUACCCCCUUUUCCUCUACUGCAUGUGAACCCAUUGUCCCUUUUGCUGUGUGUAAAAUGAGCGCGGGCGUCAGUGGUUGAAAACUGACAAGGCACACAUGUUCAGUUUCUGUCUGCUCGCCUACCAAAGACUUCGGAGCCCUCCAUCAUUACUGGGGAGCCUUCUUGUCCCGUCUGUUCUCUCUGGUGAUUGCUUGCUAUGGCACUAAGACUCACGAGGGCCCCCAGACUGGUUUGUUUUCCAUCUGUAUAUUUUGGACAUUUAGUUCUUAGUUUAGGCUUCAUUUAUUACAAAAGGCCCUUUGCUCUUCAGAAGCUGUUACAGUUUCCUGUUAUUUAUUAAUACUUAGACAAUUAAAAGACAAGCAAUGCAGAUAGCAAAAUAAAUCCAAUUUCUGAGCCUCAA